UUAGAAUAUUAACAAAGUAGAAUCUUGAAGAACAGAUCAUGGCUACAGAAGAUACUUCAAUUCGCACGCUUGAACACACACCAUCAUGGGCACUCGCCACAGUUUGUUUUGUUUUCAUAUCCGUUUCAAUUGUCCUGGAGCACAUUUUUCAUCUCCUCACAAACUGGCUUAACAGAAGUCGAAGAACUGCUUUGGGCGAGGCAGCGGACAAGCUCAAAUCAGAGUUGAUGUUGCUAGGAUUCAUGUCAUUGAUACUGGCGGCGACCCAAAAACCAAUUUCUAAAAUCUGCAUACCAGCCAAUCUUGCGAACUCCAUGCUUCCUUGUCGUAAAGAGGUUGCAAUAUCCAAACUCACUGCAGUACAAAAUUAUGGAAACUUUGCCGGUAAUUUUGUUGGUAGCUUGUCUUUCGAGAAUGGUCUGCGUGGUAAGAAUAUUUUAUGGGGACAUAGGAGUUUGUUAGCAGAUGAUGCCGGUACUGUAAAUAUUUCUGAUGAUCCUUGCAGUUCAAAAGGAAAGGUUUCUUUAAUAUCACAAAAAGGGAUCCAUCAGCUUCACAUAUUCAUUUUUGUGCUAGCAGUUAUGCAAAUUGUAUAUAGUGUUCUAACCAUGGCUCUGGGCUGGACCAAGAUGAGGCGGUGGGAAGCUUGGGAGAAAGAAAGUCGGACAAUUGAAUACCAAGUUGCAAAUGAUCCAAAUCGAUUUAGACUCACAAGACAAACAACAUUCGGAAGACGGCAUAUAGGGACUUGGACAAACAUACCAGCUCUUCUAUGGAUGAUAUGUUUCUUCAGACAGUUUUUUCAUUCGGUAGCAAAAGUUGAUUAUCUCACCUUGAGACAUGGUUUUAUCUCGGCUCACUUGUCAACCAGGAACGUCAACCAUUUCAAUUUCCAAGAAUACAUACAGCGAUCCUUAGACGACGAUUUCAAGGUCGUUGUUGGCAUCAGUCCUUUAAUGUGGUUUUUGGUGGCAAUUUUCUUGCUGCUGGACGUACGUGGUUGGAAUGUAUACCACUGGAUUUCCUAUGUUCCACUCGUGGUAAUUAACCAAGUUUAUUCAAGCAUUGUUAUUGAUUUUAUUACAACGGAAAAGAUUGUGCUGGUCCUGGGAGCCAAACUUGAGGUGAUUGUUGCAAAAAUGGCUUUCCAAAUCGAUGAUCAAAACUGUGUGAGCAGAGGAACCCCUCUUGUUCAUCCAAAUGAUAAUCUCUUUUGGUUCGGUCAACCAAGAUUUGUUCUUGUUCUUGUCCAUUUUGUUCUGUUUGUGAAUGCAUUUGAGUUUGCCUUCUUCAUUUGGGUUGCAAUACAAUUCGGGCUUGAAUCAUGUUACCAUGAGAACACUGCAUUUAUUGUCGCAAGGGUCGUGUUAGCGAUCACAGUUCAAGUCAUAUGCAGCUACAUUACCCUUCCGCUUUAUGCACUUGUCACACAGAUGGGGUCUCAAUUCAAGAGUAAGGUACUAGAAGAGCAAGUGGCUAAUAUUAUAAAGGAACGGCAUGCUGAAGCGAGGGAAAGAAGGAACUCGCAAGAUCAAUAUUCUUUACGGUCUCCGCGUUCUGCUUUGUCUACUGAUCGGAGCAUCAAAAUGUACAGUCCCAUCAGAUCGCCAAGACCACCAAGAUUACAUGAACUCACUCUGUCAUCCAACGAACAACAGAUUGCUGCAAAAGACAAUGAAAAACGAAGCCGGCUCAUCCUUUAAUCUGGGCAUCAUCCCGGGAAAUCAUGCUAGAAAUGAUGAAAACAACGAAGGCCGUAUUGAUCAUCAUAUUCAAAAAUCAUGCAUGUUGAAGGAGAAAAUUCAUAUAUAUAUAUAGACACACACACACAAACACAACUCACUGGUACGUAGAAAGAUUGUGUAUAUAUAUAUGAUCAUCAACACUGGUAUGGGUUAUCAUAAAUAAUUCGACUGUAAGUGUUUUGAGGAAUUAUUUGGCAUGUUAGCUUGUUAUGCUUAUUUGAAGAUACUACAGUUAUAGUGUCUUCAAAUUGCCAACUAUUAAAUAUUUUUAUUAUUAUAUGUUAUAUAGCAGUAAUUUAUCUUA